AUGGAGAGGGCUCUGCAACGCCUUCGCGACAGUGGUGGCUCUCUCAGUCACCUGGAUGACGACAGUCUGGCUCAUCUUCCCGUCACGUUCCUGACACAUUGGGCGGCGAGAGAGGUCCCUCACGUCUACAUUCGCCUACCUCUUCACAUUCAACAGCUGUCAUCAAUUCAAGAACUUCUACCCUGUCUGGAACAUUACAACGAGCCGCACGCACAUCGACGGACCGCCACCCGCCAAGCGAGACUGCUACUGUUGCCGACGCCGAAGAGCCGUACGUUUUGA